UCUGUGUCCCUCCUCUUCCAAACAUUCCCGUUAGCCAUGAAAGCAAAGCCUCCAUUCUUAGGUGCUGGAGAAGAAGAAGCUGCACAUUUGAAAUGCGAAGCAGAGCAGAGCGACUACUCCUUCUCAGCCAUGUCGUUUCCUUCGGAGAACCUGAACCCUAACUCGCUGAACUCCGACAAGGUACCCACCUGGUCCGAUUUCUGGCUACACAGUAAAGCCAAUCCUCUGAAGGAUAUGGUUCUCGCCAUGCAGCUUCACUCCCUUUCUUCACCCAAAGACCCCAAAUCCAAAACCCUAAUCCCUAAUUUCGCUAAAAUAGACCGAACCCUUCUCUUAUCUGACGAGCUUCUUCUUAAAAUCCUCGCCAGGCUUCCCGAUUCACAGAGGAACUCCAACUCUCUUGUUUGCAAGCGCUGGUUGAAUCUCCAGGGUCGGCUUGUACGAUCACUGAAAGUCUUGGAUUGGAACUUCGUGUUGUCUGGUAGGUUGAUACAUAGAUUUCCCAAUUUAAACCAUGUAGAUUUGGUUUCUGGGUCUUUGAUUUCGCUUCGAAAUUCGGGCAUCUUUUUGAGUCACCGAGUUGUUUCUCUGCAUGUUGAUUCUGGGUUUCCCGCUAAUUGGUGUGUUGGUGAGGAAAACAUGCUCCCUGUUGAAGUCAUUGAUGCUGGAAUGAAAGCCCUUGCUUGUGGGUGCCCCAAUUUACGGCGGCUAAGGGUUAUUGGUGCCAGUGAAAUGGGUCUGUUGUAUGUGGCUGAGGAGUGCCCCACAUUGCAAGAGUUGGAGCUGCAAAGAUGCAAUGACAAUGUGUUGCGUGGGAUUGCAGCGUUUGAGAAUCUGCAAAUCUUGAAAUUGGUUGGGAACGUUGAUGGAUUCUACUUCUCAGUGGUUUCAGAUAUUGGAUUGACAAUCUUAGCUCAAGGUUGUAAGAGGCUGGUGAAGCUUGAGCUUAAUGGGUGCGAAGGGAGCUUUGAUGGGAUCAAAGCUAUUGGCAAAUGCUGCCAAAUGCUAGAGGAAUUGACUCUUUGUGACCAUAGGAUGGAUGAUGGGUGGUUAGCAGCACUCUCAUUUUGUGAGAAUUUGAAGACUUUGAGGUUCCUGUCGUGCAAGAAAAUUGAUUCUAACCCAGGACGAGAGGAGUAUUUGGGUUCUUGUCUAGCUCUUGAACGCCUGCAUUUGCAGAAAUGCCAAUUACGAGAUAAAAAUAGUAUGAGUGCAAUCUUUUCCGUAUGCAGGGCUGCAAGGGAGAUUAUUUUCCAGGACUGCUGGGGAUUGCAUAAUAACAUGUUCAGUUUUGCAAGCAUUUGCAGGCGAGUAAGGUUGUUACACUUGGAAGGAUGCUCGUUACUAACAACAGAGGGUCUAGAGCCUGUAAUUCAAUCCUGGUCAGAGCUUCAGAGCCUAAGAGUAGUCUCAUGCAAGCAUAUAAAGGAGAGUGAAAUCUCUCCUGCGCUUGCAACCCUGUUUACCAACCUUGUAGAGUUGAGAUGGAGGCCAGACACCAAGUCUCUUCUUCCCUCAAAUCUUGUGGGAACAGGCAUGGGCAAGAGAGGGAGCAGAUUUUUCAAGAGGGCAUAACAGGAACUGAAUUUAAGGAGAGGAUUCUCUCCAGGUCCAGUCAGAGAAGAAAAGAUAGAGGUUUUUGUGGGUCUCACGUGUUAGGCAGAGCCACCAUACCUCUCUUUCUCUCCAUGUGUAUUGCAGAACCACUUGUAGAGAACUAAAACCCUGAAAUUACUAUGAUAGGCCUUAUCACUCUCUUUAUCCCUUUCUUUCUUCUUCUUCUUUGUUGGUAUCCUAGGUCUUUGACCCGGAUUAUUUCGAUCGGUAGCUUGUGAGCAUCUCUCUGGAAAGCAUACCUUUCACUGAAAACUUAAUCACUGCUGUAUACUCAGGAUUUGAACUCACAACUUCUGGUCAAGUUAGCCCAAUUCCCUAGCCAGUUGAUCUUAGUGGAUCUUAAUCUCUUUCUACGCCUACUCAACUCAGCUAGUAGGCGUCGACUUGGGAACAAAGAAUUCUCACUGACAUCAAUGUGUAUUUAUGUACGUACUUACUUUUGUUUUAGAUUUAGAUGUUGUGAUGGAGGAAGGAAGACUGUUCUUUUGUUUUCUUCCUUCGGGAAAAAGGCAACAGCCGAGCGAUGUAAUCACGUGUAAGCCAAAUGCAUUUUACUCUCUAAAGUAGAAAUUGGCAAUGGGAACGUUCAGUUAAAGUACCAAUGCUACCGUUAUGUGUGGACCCACACGGCACUCGAGGAUGCGUUGAACUUUGCAUCAUUUAAAUUUAAAAUUAAAGUUGUAGAUUUUGGGGUACCCUAUAAAGUUGUCUUUUCACAUUUA